UCCAGAUGCUCGCGCGCGUGCAGUGAGCAGCCCUGCAGACAGGAGCUCUGAUCCCGGGGAACCUGCAGAACACGCGCACCAAACCCAAGGCGAGCCGCCGAGAAAGAGAGAGAGAGGGAGAGAGAGAGAGAGGGAGAGAGAGGCCAGAGGGCUGGAUGUGCUCACACACGCACGCGCACACACACAUAUGGUUGGUCGUUUGCAUGCCAGCGCGCGCGCCGAUGUCCUGGGAAUAAAACUGCAGCAAAUUGGGGAAUAAGAGGACGCGAGCACCGCCGCCGCGGCUGAACGCAUUUGCUCACUCUGCAACUGCUCUGGAGUAACGAGCGCCGGGAUGGAUACGCAGCUCGGGGACUGAAGUGGACCUUCGCCGCUUUCGCACCUUUUUUCCCAUUUCGGAUUGUGUGGGGGUUUGUUUUUCAUUUCUUUUUCCAUCCGUUGCGUUACCGGUUAGGUCUGUCUGAUUUUUCCAGGCUGCGCUCUUUCAAUGCCGUCCGUUCUCCUCCGGUGUGCUCUGUCUUUAUUUUAUCUGACUGCUGCCUCGAUGCUCGGAGGAUUGAUGGUGAGAAGAUUCCGCGCUACUACGCUGCCGCUGCCGCUGCUGCUGCUGAGAGAAAAAUAGCCAAGCCGCUAAACUGAGCCGUGUCAUGGAGGGCAAACUUCAUUUGUAUCUGCGAAACGAAUCCGGGAAUAUCGAAUAACUACUGCUGACAGAGAGCAGGACAAAUGACAUAGGAUGAACACUGCUGGUCAGCUCUGCCUGUCUGUGCUGUCGUCCCUUCUCGCACUGGCCUGGGCUGCGGAGCCACUGGGCCAGGGCACACCCUGCUCCUCUCUGGUGGCGGGGGUCCUGUACGGCUCCUUUUCACUCAGGGACCUCUUCCCCAGCCCCCUGGCCUUGGCCUCUGGCUGCUCCUGGACGGUGGAAAACCCCGACCCCACCAAAUACUCCCUCUACUUCCGCUUUAACCGCCACGCUGGGGUGUGCCUGGCCUUCUCUCCGCUUGUCCUGCCUCUGGACCAUUACCUGGCCAAUCAAACGUGCGGCCCACCUCAGCAACCCCUUGACCCAGACUCUGUUGAGCUGUGCCUGGUCCCCGGUCCUCACACUUUCCUACAGUUUGACAAGAACUUUGUGCAGCUGUGUCUCACUGCUCACCCAGGCCGGGAAUCCGAAGAAGGUGACGAGAGGUCAACAGAAGCGAAGGUGCCUCUGUCCACCGAGACACUGGACUUUAGGCUAGUGGAAGUGUUGCUGAUCAACAAUGAGAACUCCAGCCAGUUCACCUGUGGAGUGCUGUGUCGCUGGUUUGAGGAGUGCCUGCGCUCCGGCUGGGGCUCAGGCCGGGACAGUGUGGGCUGUAGCAUCACCCAGACGGGCUGCGUGUGUCCCAAUGCUGGCCCACCGGUCCCACUGUUGCCUGCCACUCCCCACAACCGCUCUUUGGAUCCCAGCUCCAGUGUGCUGCUACCACCACCAGACGACUGCUGCGUCACCCAGCUGCAUUCCAAGAAUGCCAUCGCCAUAGCACCCCGGGAUGUGCGGCAAGAUCCCGAUGAUGAUGAGCAGAAGGUGAAGACCCAGAGGCCCAGGUCAGCUGACCAGCCGGGAGUGUUCCAGGCCCAGACAGGUGACCCAGCAGCAGAGGAGUGGUCCCAGUGGAGUGUGUGUUCACUCACGUGUGGGCAGGGCUGGCAGGUGCGUACACGUUCCUGUGUGUCCUCUCCAUACGGGACGCUGUGCAGCGGCCCGCUGAGAGAGACGCGCCUCUGUAACAACACUGCCACCUGCCCAGUGCAUGGGCUGUGGGAGGAGUGGUCUCCAUGGAGCCUGUGUUCAGUCACGUGUGGACGUGGCUCGCGGACGCGGAGCAGGAGCUGUGUGGCCGCUCUGCAUGGAGGCAAGGGCUGCGGAGGGCCCGAGGUGCAGACCAAACUCUGCAAUAUAGCUGUGUGCCCUGUGGAAGGUCAGUGGUUGGACUGGUCUCCGUGGUCUCGGUGUUCUGUAUCCUGUGGUGUGGGGUCUCAGCAGAGGCAGCGGCGCUGCAGUGUCUCUGUGCACGGCUGGGCCGAGUGCAAGGGUCCGCAUGCAGAAACACGAGACUGCACUAACCCAUCUUGCGGGGGUGGAGGUAACUGGGGGGCAUGGAAUCACUGGAGUCUGUGCUCUAAAACAUGUGACUCGGGCUGGCAGCGCCGCUUCCGCAUGUGUGAGAGCACAGGGGCCCAAGAUUACCCCUGCGAUGGGGAUGGGGAGGAGGUGCGUGCCUGCAAUGACAAGAAAUGCCCAGCACCUCAUGAGAUCUGCAGGGACGAGUACCAGGUCUCUAUGACAUGGAAGAGAGCUUCAGCUGGAGAGACUGUCUACAACAAGUGUCCAUCAAAUGCCACUGGAUCUGCUAGUCGUCGUUGUUUGCUGGACAAUAAUGGAGUUGCUUACUGGGGUCCUCCGAGCUUCGCCCGAUGCAUCUCACUUGAGUAUAGAUAUUUACAUUUAUCUUUACGAGAGCAUCUUGCGAAGGGUCAGAGGACCCUGGCAGGGGAGGGCAUGUCUCAGAUCGUGAGGAGUCUCCUGGAGUUAAUGUCCCGUCGCAGCUAUUACAGCGGUGACCUCUUAUUCUCCGUGGAGAUUCUCCGAAAUGUGACGGACACCUUCAAGCGAGCAACCUACAUCCCAGCUCCCGACGACGUGCAGAAAUUCUUCCAGAUAGUCAGCUUAAUGUUGGACAUGGAAAACCUUGAGAAAUGGGAAGAUGCUCACCAGGUCUCUCCAGGUGCAGUGUUGCUAAUGCGAGUCGUAGAGGACUUCAUCCAUCACAUCGGGGAGGCUCAGAAGCCUUUCCAGAGUUUUCUGGUCGUCACCACUAACCUCAUUAUCACUAUCCAGCGCGAGCCGGUGUCAGCCGUCUCCAGCGACAUCAACUUCCCUAUGAAGGGAAGGCGGGGGAUGAAGGACUGGGCACGGUCGGCGGAGGACAAACUCUUCAUCCCUAAGGAGAUCUUCACUUUGUCUUCUGAUGAAUCAGAUGAGGCAUCUUACUUUGUCAUCGGAGCGAUCCUGUACCGCACCCUUGGCUUCAUCCUGCCAGCACCCAAAGAUCCACUGGUGAUCAGCUCGAAGAUUUUGACGGUGACAGUGCGUCCUCUGCCCAAACCCACUGAGCCUGUGGUGGUGGUGGAGCUGGCGCCUCUGCUGAAUGGCACGUCAGAUCCACAAUGUGUCAUCUGGGACCAAAACAGCCCAGAGGCUGGCGAGGAAAACUGGGACACGGAGGGCUGCCAAACACUCCCGUCCCCGGCAGUCCACACCAAAUGUCUCUGCAGCAAGAUCUCCACCUUUGCAGUGUUAGCACAGAAAGCUAAAGACCCGGACAUGGGACCCUCCAGCUUGCCCUCCGUACCCCUCAUGGUGGGCUGUGGGGUGUCCUGUACUGCUCUGCUGAUUCUGCUGCUCAUCUAUGCUGCCUUCUGGAGGUACAUCCGCUCAGAGAGGUCCAUCAUUUUGGUGAACUUCUGCCUGUCCAUACUGGCCUCCAAUGUGCUAAUACUAGUGGGACAGUCCCAGACACUCAGCAAGCAAGGUGAAAGCAAUCAUACGACUCGUCCUGCGGUCAUCACCCCCGAUUUGCCCAGUGAAGACGAUGAGGUGCUGUUAGCUUGGGGUUUAGGCACUGAGGGGCUGUGCACUGUGACCGCUGCCUUUCUGCAUUUCUUCUUUUUGGCCUCUUUCUGUUGGGUGCUGACGGAGGCGUGGCAGUCUUACCUUGCCGUGAUUGGCAAGAUGAGGACACGCCUCAUUCGCAAGCGUUUCCUGUGCCUGGGCUGGGGCCUGCCAGCCCUCGUUGUUGCUGUAUCUGUAGGAUUCACUAGAGCCAGAGGUUACGGCACAGCAAGCUACUGCUGGUUGUCUCUGGAAGGGGGUCUGCUCUACGCUUUCGUUGGUCCUGCUGCUGUCAUUGUUUUGGUGAACAUGCUCAUUGGAAUAGUGGUCUUCAACAAGCUCAUGUCUAGAGAUGGAAUCUCAGACAAAUCCAAAAAGCAGAGAGCCGGUCCACCGCUGGAGGCUCGUAGCAGACUGCUCCUCAAAUGCUCCAAGUGUGGGGUCAUCUCCAGCACCGCUAUGUCCAGCUCCACCGCCAGCAGCGCCAUGGCAUCAUUAUGGAGCUCGUGUGUGGUGCUCCCCCUGCUGGCGCUCACAUGGAUGUCAGCAGUGUUAGCGAUCACGGACCGCCGCUCCACUCUCUUCCAGGUGCUCUUUGCUGUCUUCGACUCAGUGCAAGGCUUCGUCAUCAUCACUGUCCACUGUGCCAUGCGCCGAGAGGUGCAGGAUGCAGUGCGCUGUCGAAUGGGUGGCUGUAAAGAUGACAGUGAGAACUCUCCAGACUCCUGCAAGAACGGCCAGGUGCAGAUCAUGCGAUGUCCCCUGUACACUCAGGAUCAGCGUGGCUCUCUCAGAUACACUCCAGCAUGCAGCCAAACAUGCCACCCAGCCUGCCAUGCACAUCCUCCGCUGCCCUACAACAAUCAUAACCACAGCCACAACCACAGCCACGGGCCUAACCACAACCACUCCCUCCCUCUCAACCACAACCACAGCCACUACCCCAGCCUGGAGCACACGCAGGCAGCCACUGACUUUGAGAAGGAUGUGGACUUGGCCUGUCAAACAGAGAGAGGACAUCCAUUCAUCUUUAAGGAGGUGAACACCUGUAACCCAGCAACUAUCACUGGCACCCUGUCCCGGAUCUCUCUGGAUGACGAGGACGACCCCAAGCUGGCAGCCCAUCAAGAAGGGGUCAACUUCAGCAGUCUACCAGGGAACAUCCCACCCCCUAACCUGCUGGUGCAGGUGCCCCCUGUGGCCCCCCUCAACGAGCUCAGUGAGCAGCCCCUGAAGAAGGAGGUGAACGUGGAGCAGGGCGGACAGCAGCAGCGUCAGCGCUCCGGCCCCGUCUAUCUGUGCACCGAAAGUGGCCUGGGCUGGGCCCGGCCGCCACCUUCUGCUUCAGAGCAAACAGGGGGCGGUGGUGGGGGGGCUGGGGAAGGGGACUACAUGGUCCUACCACGGCGGACAGUAAGCCUCAAACCCCCUCCUCCUCCGCCCCAGGACGAGGGCAAGCCCCUAAACAUCACAGUGGAUGACCCGCCCUUCCCCCCUCCCCCUUCACCCCUGACCCUGCACCCAGCCGAGAGCGAGGCCUACCCCGCGGACUUCGCCACCGUAGACCACAUCAGCAUGAACCUGAACCGAUCCUAUGGCACGCUCAAGCAGCUGCCCGCCCACGCCAACACCCACAACACGCUGCAGGUGAAGCAGGGUCGGCCAUCCGUCCGGCACAUCCUCACCUCGGGAACGGUGGAGCGCACCAGGACUCUGCCCCGCAACCUGGGCAGCACCAACACCAGCCUCUCUGCCGGGUCCCUAGAAAGGAAAAGAGUACGGUACUCUGAACUGGACUUCGAGAAAGUGAUGCACACUCGCAAAAGACACUCAGAGCUCUACCAUGAACUCAACCACUCCACCAAGUUCCACACCAUAGAUAGGUAUAACAGGGACCCUGCCAUGUCCACAUUCAAGAGGGAAAAGCGAUGGAGCAUUUCAUCUGCCGGAGGUGAAAAGAACUCUUCGAGUGAUAAGUCCACCUCGGAUGAGCAGCGCUCCUGGGACAGCUUUAAGACCAUGACCCCUGAGCCGUCGUGCGGCUCCAGCAGUCAGAAGGACAGAGUGGAGCUGCACAGUAAGACAUGGGACGCUUCCUCCGCAAACACUCCGGACACAUCCGAGGGGGACUUCCAGACUGAAGUGUGAGGAAAAAAAAAACACACAUUUCCAAACAAACACUCAUACAAACACAUCCAUGGCGUGACUUUCUACCCAGAGGAGAAUCUAAAGGAUUAUACACUUGUUUACUGCUGACGGGACAGACCAGAAAAAAAAGAAAAAAGACUAUUCUAUUCCUAUAUUUUCACAAGGACGCUUUCAAUGAAAGAGAAGGGGGCUUGAAGAGUAUAUGGGGAGAAUUUUUAACAAACUGUUUCUGAAAUGUCUUGAUUUUACUUCGGAAAAAGAUUCUCUUUCACCUGUUUGAUGAUUUGGAAAUUAUGAAAAAAAGAAAAAGAAAAAAAAUAUUUCUGCACCGUUCUUUUUAUAGAGGAAAAAAAAAGAAAAGAACUCUUACUGAUGUUUCGCACAGUGUUCAGCACCGUAGGGUUUCGUUCCUCCUUUCUGUCCUGUCUUUUUCCUAAUGGAUAACUCGAGCUCUCUGCUUUUGGUUUUGUUUUUUUCAGGGGAAGGGGAAGGUUUAAAGUGGUUCAUUAAUAUGUGCCAUCAUUUUUUUUUUUCUUCGAUUUUUUUUUUCCUUUUGUCCCCAGCAUAAAGCCUACUGUAUUCACUCGA